AUGGGAACAUUCAAUAUGCCUAGACACUAUAUAAGGAAAACUAAUAGAGGAUUCACAUCAGAGUUGAUUAAAGCUGCUGCAGAUGAAGUCAUCAUUGAGAAUAAAUCAGUUAGAAGUACUGCAAAAAAAUUUAAUUUGUGUCAUGUCAGUCUGUCGCGGUAUGUGGCAAAAUUUAAAACAAAUAUGUAUUUUGGACUCACCCCCCGUGACAUUAAACAACUAGCAUACCAAUUUGCACACAAACUGGGCCUGAAGUAUCCUGAGGUAUGGGGAAAAAACCUUAUGGCUGGGCCUGAUUGGUUUACAAAAUGUUUAAAAAGAAAUUCUAGUCUUUCUCUCAGGCAACCAGAAACAACCAGUUUAUCCAGGGCCAUGAAUAAAGCUAAUGUAAAUUUAUUUAUGGAUAAGUUUCAACAAGUGUUAUUAAAAUAUAAAUUUGAAGCUCAACACAUAUACAAUAUUGAUGAAACAGGUGUAACAACAGUUCAAACACCAUCCAAAAUUGUUGCUACUAAGGGGAAAAAGCAAAUAAGUGCUAUAACAUCAGCUGAACGGGGUGUUUUAGUUACUAUGUGUAUAGCAGUUAAUGGAACUGGUUGUGCUAUACCACCAAUGUUUGUUUUUCCAAGAUUCAAAUUUCAUCAACAUUUUUUAAGGGGAGGACCUGCUGGAUGUGUUGGUACAGCCAACAAAUCUGGGUGGAUGAAAGGUCCAGAGUUCUUAACAUUUAUGGAGCAUUUUGUAAAUCAUGUUCGACCAAGCCUUGAAAAAAAAGUGUUGGUGCUUUUAGAUAAUCAUGAGUCGCACUUAUAUCUGCCUGUGAUUGAUUUUUGCAAAUAUAAUGGCAUUGUUUUAUUAUCAUUUCCACCACACUGCUCACAUAAGCUCCAACCACUAGACCGUAGUGUGUAUGGUCCUUUUAAAAAAAUUGUUAAUAGGGAAAUGGAUCAGUGGAUGACCAUGCACCCAGGGUCUAGAAUGACAAUCGAUGAUAUUCCUCAAAUUGUGGCUGGUGCAUUGCCUGAUGCAGUAUCACCUCGAAAUAUAAUGAGUGGUUUUAAAGUUUCUGGUAUUUGGCCAUUUGAUAGAAAUAUUUUUCGAGAAGACGAAUUUGCACCAUCCACAGUGACUGAUAUAGAUGAAUUGGAAUCAAAUCAAAUAAAUCAAGAUACUCAUCCUGAACAAGAAUUAUUCAACAGUCUUGAACAAGUCCUGAACAUAGCAAUCUUGAACCAGAAUUACACAUCAGUCCUGAUCAAAUUAAUGUAA